AUGUUUGGGCCCUCUCCAUUAGUAAGCUUCAGUAAUCUUGACUAUAAAAAGCAGCAAGCCAGUUUAAUCCGUGAAACCAAGCUCCGGCUACUCAGCGAAAGGAAGCUUAGGGAAAAAUCUGACAGAGAAGAAGAAAUCAAAGGGUUGCUCCGUUACCAAAAUGCCGAAAUUGAGUACCUUAAAGAAUUAGCCAAGCGAAAGCAAAAAAAUAAGAAAUCAUUAACCCCUGACCCUACAAAUUCUAAGCCUAAAAUGAGAGAAAUUGAAUACAGAGAUAUUGGGAUCCAGAAUGGGAUAGACAAUGCAAUUGACGUUGACUUGACAAAUGUUCAUAAACUAUUAAAAAAGCCAAACGCUGAAAUGAAAGAUGGAGAAACACAAGCUGGGAGUGGAGAGCAUUAUAAACAAGGCUCAAGAUCUACAUAUUUUUCACAUGACUGAAGAAAAAAGAGAAAAUUGUCUCCGCCUAUGCUCCUUAAAGAAGGAGGAAUAGUAGUGCAUUUAGUCGGAGAGCCUCCACCGAUACAAAAUCCGGUUAUCACAAUAAAGCAUAUAAAAAAAAGAUCGACAACAAGUCCGAUACGAUCAAUUUCUCCAUUAGGAAUUGACCCAAAAUCUAGUUUUGAAGCUAAAUCUAUAUCGAUUAGGCAUGAGAACUCUUGGCACGAAACUUGCGAUUCUACACACAUAAGUAAAAGAAGCUCUAUAGGGUAUCAAGGACUAACCCCUAAAUUAACCCCAGACCGGUUUUUAUUCAGGGAUAUGACGCCUAACAGAAGGAACCGUAAACGAGAAUAUGCUAAAAUUGAUAAGAUGAAAGACUAUCACGAAGGCGUUGUAAAGCCUAGCCACAAGCCGAAAAUGGAUAUGAAAAAAUUUAUAGAGGUUGAAGCGAAAAAGCAAAUAGGCACUUUAUCUAUGCAGCUGAAUAAAUUUAGAAGAAUUAAACUGUCAGAUUUAAUGUAA